GGCAGCACUGUAUGUGUAAUUCGUUUUACAUUCAACAUAUACCACCCGCUACCACCCCGCUUUAUCAUUGUAUACACAAACAACAAAAGCAGCAACAACAUUGAAGGAAAUACAGCCCCAAUCUCGCCUCCCUAUGGCGGAUUUAGUGGGGUUCGUGCGUCGUCUUCGUACAAAUUUCUGAAUCAAAAUUUUCAUCUGCUCGGAAAUGUCGAUUUCUACUUAAUAGAAGUAGGAAAAAUUUGUGAAUCGUGGCAAAUUUACUAAAAAAUGAAUACAAUGUGAUCUUAGUGCAGCACAGGUGAUAGAAAAGUAACACGUUGAAUAAACCAUGAAAUAUUGUCAACAAAAUUUACACGCAGGUGCGUAUAUUGCACGCAGACGUGAUAGAUGUUUUAAUUUUCUUCACUGAGUAUGCUCUGCUCCCACAAAAAUGGGUUUCGAAAAUAAACAAAACGUAUUACGCGGAUAUCUAAUAUAAAAAUAGUAAAUGUAUAAAACUUUCUACUGGCACCUGCAUUGAAAUACAACAAAUUGAUGUAAUACUUUAUGAUAUAGUUGUUUAUUUGCGUAGAGUAAUUUUAAUGGUGCCACAAAUAGUUGGGCUUGAAAAAGUACAUAUGUACAUAUAUAGACAACAUACAGCAUACUUUUUAUAAUGUAUCACGCAGAGUAGUGCAGUGAUUAUUUUUUCUAGUUAGAUAACUUAUUGCACUUAUGUUUUAUAAUUGGCUCUGUGCCUUCAAAGCGUUGCUCCACUGUGAUUUUAAACUAUUGUAUCGUGUCAGAGUAUAUUAUUCAUUUCUUGCUGCAUGGUGCUAGUUGCUGUUAUAGUGGCAGUUCUGACGAGACUGUCGUCAAGUGUUAUUCAUAUCAUUUUGGUUUCACUACAUGUUGUUUGGUCCGGCGCGACACCGCCAAGCGCUUCUGCGAAUGUCCGGAAUUCAUGCAUGCCCAAUGGAGACUAAUAUUUGUUUACAUAUGUAUGAAUCGUUUAAUAAUACAAGCUCAAAAUUAGUUUUAAACUAGAACCAAAGAAUGCAAAAGAUCUUCGACGAAAAGGCAGUAUAAAUUUAAUUCUUUACUGUCAAUAUUGCAUGUAAUCACUGUGUGAAACACUGGAACUUAACCAAAGAUUGGGCCAGAAGCCCAGCCAAAUAAAUUAAUUGGAAAAUACGUAUAUUAAGUAGAAGCAAGAAUAAAGAUAGAAUAAGAUAAAAACCACAUAAUAAGAAAUUUAAAAAUGAACGUGACCACUGUUUCCACUGGUACAAGCACUGGCUCAUUGAAUGCUACACAACAGACGACAAAAACUUAUAAAAUCGAAAUGUUAGAUGAUGGACAGCUGAGUAUGGCCUCAGAUGAUGAUGACGAUGAUUUGAUAAACAGCGAUGACAGUCUUUAUGACGACGCAGAUUUAGCGCAUAUAACCGUGCAAGAUGAUGUGGCAAAUCAGUUAGCAGCUGCAGGACCAGUAGGUGUGGCAGCUGCAGCGGCCAUUGCGUCGUCCAAAAAACGAAAGCGUGCACAUUCUUUUGAAACAAAUCCUUCGGUACGCAAACGACAACAAAAUCGUUUACUGCGAAAGCUUCGUGGUAUCAUAUAUGAGUUUACUGGUCGUGUGGGCAAGCAGGCAGUUGUUUUGGUGGCCACACCUGGUAAACCAAAUACGAGCUACAAAGUGUUUGGUGCGAAACCCUUGGAGGAUGUGGUGCGUAAUUUAAAGAAUAUUGUAAUGGAUGAACUAGAGAAUGCAUUGGCUCAGCAAGCGCCACCGCCACCGCAAGAAGAUCCUUCACUUUUUGAACUACCACCGCUAAUUAUCGACGGCAUACCAACACCAGUGGAGAAAAUGACCCAAGCACAGCUACGCGCUUUCAUUCCUCUCAUGCUGAAAUAUUCAACAGGGCGAGGUAAGCCUGGUUGGGGUCGUGAGUCUACACGCCCACCUUGGUGGCCGAAAGAAUUGCCUUGGGCAAAUGUACGAAUGGACGCACGUUCCGAAGAUGACAAGCAAAAGAUAAGCUGGACCCAUGCGCUAAGGAAAAUUGUAAUCAAUUGCUAUAAAUAUCACGGAAGAGAGGAUCUUUUGCCAACCUUCGCCGAUGAUGAGGAUAAGAUUGAAAUGUUGGAAGGUGAAGACGACGACGAAAUGGAUGAAAACGAGCCCACGACGACUACAGCAACAUGUCAGACGGUUGCAAAUGCUUCAGUAAAUACAUCAAAUCAAGUGAAUGUCGUAAAGAUUAACAGUGCUGGCACGGUGAUCUCGACACACACGGCUAGUGCUCAAACGCAAGGAAAUGCAGUGCCAACAAUCAUACAAAGCACCAACAAUCAACAUAUAACCACAACCGCAACGCUGCCGGCCUCGACUAAGAUUGAAAUUUGCACAGCACCGGUACAAACGGCUAGUCAGGCAUCGCAGGUACAACAACAAGCCAAUGCUGCAACUGCACAGAAUAUUGCAAACGCGCAGGUUUGCAUCGAACCGCUGACUUUGGGCGAUGUUGAUUAUACGACGCAAACGGUGUUAUCAACAAUUCAAAAUGCUGAUGGUACAGUAUCUCUGAUUCAAGUAGAUCCAAAUAAUCCAAUAAUCACACUUCCCGAUGGCACGACGGCCCAAGUGCAGGGUGUAGCCACCCUGCAUCAAGGUGAGGGCGGUGCUACUAUACAAACUGUACAAAGUUUAGGCGACGUUAACGGCCAUGAAAAUAUGACAGUUGACUUAACGGAGGCAACUGUUGCUCAGGAUGGUCAGAUAUAUAUAACUGCUGAGGAUGGGCAAGGUUAUCCAGUGUCGGUGAGCAAUAUGAUAACAGUUCCAGUGUCCGCUUCUAUGUACCAAUCGAUGAUGGCUAACAUACAGCAGAUCCACACAAACGGGGAUGGCACAGUGUGCAUCACUCCGAUGCAGGUAGAUUCUCAUGCGAAUUGUAAUAGUAAUAGUAGAAACAACAACAGUGCUACCAACAUUACCAACACCGGUAGAAACCAGUUUCAGUGUUACACUUUAACAACAGGCCCAGGUGGACUAGGAGGCGCUCGUAUAAUUUCAGCAGCAAAUCAAAGCGAAACUAAUUUAUCCAAUAACAAUGCGUCCAAUUGCCAAAUAUUUAAUCAGUGUAAUUUAAGUAAUAAUACAUCUAGUCAAAUAAGUCGGGCAGGUCAAAACCAGCAUCAUCAUCAGAGGCAGCAACAUUUGCAAGCCAUUCCUAGUGCAACGAAAAUAUUCAUCAAUGCUGCCAGCUUUGCAAGUAUAAGUAAUAAUAACACAGUCAACACAAAUAACAACAACAAAUUGAAUAAUAUGGCUACAACAGCAACUGUUCUCCCACUGACUUUGCCAAUUAUGUUAGCCACAGCUGGUGUUUCCACAGUGGGUAAUAGUGAAAAUAUUAAUAGCUCCAGCAGUACGGCAGCAACGACAGUGGGAAGUGGUAUUAAUUCGAAUUCUACAAAAAAUACUACUGUUUCUACGAUUGAUAAAAAGACCACACAUAAGCGUCGUAAACAAACUUUUAGCAAAGUAUCACAAGUCAAGCGUGAGGAGAGUACUGAACCGGUACUGCCAACUCAAAAGCAAUUCGGAUCUGGUAAUACCGAUAACCAAACAAUUAGUCAGCAGAGCAGCAAUGAUGUUGAUGAUGUUGCUGAUGGUGAUGCUGGCGAUGGAAGAGGCUCAGAUGAUAGGGACACUUUACGAGUGCCAGAGAAAAUCGUUAAAAUAGAAAACAUAGCAAACUAAGACGAGAAAGGAUAAUGUACAAAAAGCACGCGCACAUUUAAAUACAUCUGAUUGUUGUAUUUUCUUAUCUCUUCGCUGCGUAACUUAGCCAAAGUCAACCAUAAUUCACAAAUGCACUUCUACAGUGCCUUUGUAUCUAGUCAAUAUUAACAAUUACCAAAUUUUGCUAGGAAGUAACAAAAUCUCUCCACCAUAUUAAAAAGAUUAGGAUAGUUCAAAUACACAUGAAACCAAUGUGCCUUUAUAAAUAUUAUAAAGUGAGUUUCGCUAGUUGGGAACUAAGCUUUGAUGGUUAUAAAGAAAAUAUUAUAUGUAUAUCAAAGUUCUAGAAUCACUUUAAAUUCACGUAUAAUUUAUAUAAUUGUUUGUGAAACAUACUUGCCAUUGUUGUUUAAUUUUAUAUGUUAUUAUUUGUUUAAA